AUGUCUACCCGCACUUUACUUGCUCUUCCACCUGAGAUAAUCGGUCUCUCUUGUGAAUCAAUAUGCCCUCACUGCACGCCGGGAACACAACCCUUCAUGAGCUUCCUGGAACCUUGGGAUAUCCAAUACAGAUUCGAGCGUCAGAAGGAUCUCGUCAACUUCAGCCUUACAUGUAGCUGCAUCCGAAGUUUUGCGGUAUCCCAUCGUUUCCACUGCGUAACCAAAACGAAGGCACUUUCCAAAUGGACAAAAAACGAGAUUGGCCUGCUCGCAAAAGUGAGGGAAUUUGUGAUUGAUGAAGACUUAGCCGACUGGUUCCCACAAGCCUGGGAUCCAUCGUUUUGCACGUCGUACGCCACCCAGCAUUUGAGCAUGGACUUGACUGAAUAUAGAAACGAGCCUCUCGAGGUGUUUGCCGCCGAAUUCGUCCUAGCUUCGUUGACCAAUCUCCGGAACCUUACGUUUCACGUCGACAAUAGCGAAGAAGAAGAAUCGAAUAUCAUAUUAUAUAAAUACGUGCAAGAGCUUGGAACUGCCCCUGCUCUCUCUCAUCUUGAAACUCUCAAUAUUCAUCCUAGGGACAUAGAUUUCAGCUCGGAUGUUCACUGUACGAAUCUCGGCAUACGUAUGCUAAUUAAGGGUCACCAAACCUUCGAAACUUACGACUAA